CUGAUUUUAGUUGAGUCGCCGGUCACACGGCGUAAAACACGGAAGAACCGGUACCGAACCGGUACCGAUAGAUAGAUAGAUAGAUAGAUAGAUAGAUAGAUAGAUAGAUAGAUAGAUAGAUAGAUAGAUAGAUAGAUAGAUAGAUAGAUAGAUAGAUAGAUAGAUAGAUAGAUAGAUAGAUAGAUAGAUAGAUAGAUAGAUAGAUAGAUGGAAGUGAUGAGAGUUUAAAUUUUGCAACUUUUCAUGGGCGUCCUGAACGCAACAGCCGCCAAUGUCUCGUGCGCGUGCGGGUGCGCGCGUCUCAGCUCCGUGCACGUCAUGGACGUCAGUUUCCCAAUACUUCCUCUGUCUAACUUACAUCCUCUCAGCCUGGAAGUUACUGCUUCUAAUUGCAUGCUAGCCACACACACACCUGUUCCGAGUGGAUGACUAGUUCGUCAAAGAACAUGACAUCAGCAUUACUCAGUGGCUAGACGCCUGGCUUUCCCAGCUGGAAUUGGUUCAGAUGGUGGUGAUCGUAGUGGUGAUGCUGGUAAUGGUGGUGGUCAUCACGUGCGUUCUCAACCGUUACCGGAUGUCGGCGCACUCGCUGCGUUCCAGACGGGCGCUGCCGCCGGGGUCGCGCUCGCACCUCCACUUGGAAGCGGGUCUGUGGAGCUCAGAUGUUCCGAGCAGCGUACCCCGACGUCUCCCACAGGGUUGUCCACCUCCCGCCGCUCCGAACCGCAUCCAGCCCACGUUCCCGUUUCUGCGGCGCGACCUAAUCAUGGACCUGCCACACACCAUCUCGCUAUCGGACGGGGAAGAGCCUCCGCCCUACCAGGGCCCGUGCACCCUACAACUGCGGGACCCCGAGCAGCAGAUGGAGCUCAACCGCGAGUCGGUGCGCCCACCGCCCAACCGCACAGUCUUUGACUCGCUGGAUCCGUCCACGCCCUAUGUCAGCCUCCAGGCAACCCGGCUGAACAAAAAGGAAGGAGCUCCCCCUACCUACAAUGAGGUGAUAGGACACCACUACCACCCAGGGUCGUCAGAAAUGGACAGCCGGAAAACCAGGAACACAAAAGAGAAAUCCUAGGAGCCUCGGCAGGCAUGACCUAGCUAAAACUGGUCAGUAAUCUGUGACGACCGACCUUCAGUCCUAUUGGUCGGGAAUGUGAGAUGGUUGCGCCUCAUUGUCGGAGGCAUCACUUCCUGUUGCACAGCAUUCUACUUCCUGUUGAAGGAUUGUUACAUAUUUACUUGUUUGUCUGUCAAGUGUUUUUUUGUUGUUGUUGUUAUGUUGACCUGCUUUUCUUCUGUUCCGGCGGCCAGCACCGCAACAUGCUAGCAUCAGUCCAAAGUAGCACCGGGACAUACUAGCACACAAAAUCGUUUCUUCCUUGCUUUGUUUUACUAGCUUAGCAUAUGCUAAAAGCUGCCUUAACGUUCUCCACCGGACCGAGGAGUCGACGCUAACAAGUUAGCUGAUGAGAUUGUUUCAAGACGUUUUCUACAGAAGCUUUGCACAAGAAAACUCCAAAACGUCCGUGAUGAACGACAUCAUUUCUAAUCAGUAAAAGAUUGUUUUUGUGUUUUUAUGUUCAUUUGUUCAACUUUUUCUAGUUUUAGUAAGUGAAAAGAGUGUUAGCAUCCUGUCUGCAAGUGGAAAAGGUUUUAUUUUAUUUAUACGAGAAAAAUUGCACUAUUUUUUUCUAAAGGUCGACCGAUAUAUGGACUUUUUCCUAAAUCAGCCGAUAUAUUGCCGAUGUAGUAGGAUGUUCACUAAUUAGGUGAUGAUCUUUUUUGUCAAGGUCGACCAGUAUAUUGGCCGGCCGAUAUAUCGGGCCGAUUUAUGAACUUUUUUUUUUCAAGAUCAGCCGAUAUAUAGCAGACUAGUAGGAUAAUUUUACGUUCAGUAUCUUUGUUAAGUAGUAGUAGGAGAAGUAGGAUAAUAAAAAAUCACUUUAAUAUAUGCAUUUAUAUGGCGAGUAUUUCAAUUGCUUUUAAUCAUCUGCGGGCUUUUAAAAAAGUAUAUCGGCCUCAAAUAUUGGCUUAAAAAUCGGCUUUAAACAUUCGCAAAUGGCUGAAUUAAAAAAAAAAAUCUGUAUCGGCAUCGGCCUUUGAAAAUAUAUCUAUCGACCUCUACUUUUUUCAUGUUGUUCCGUGGAGAGACUGAUCGGAAAAGGAGCUGUGUUCUGGCAAAUUGUCCAAUCAGAGAGAUCCUAAAUCCUCCCCUCCCAUUGGCUGAAAGGUUAGCCCCUUUUCCAAAACAGGUGGUCACAGAACCUCACACUUAAUCUAUUUUUUGCCACCUUACGGGGUAACCAAUUGACCAACAACAAAAACCAAUCCAACGUCCAAUCAUUUAAUAUAUAACAAACAGUUUUCCAUCUUACUCUUACUGUCGACGCGUGACUGGUAGCGGACACCCGGAAGUGUUGACAAGUGACACGAGUGUCAGCCGCGACCUGUCCGCCGCGCCGUGGCAAGAGGCGCCGCAGGCCCAACAAAUCCAGUCCGGUCCGGUCUUUAUGCAACAGCGCCCUCCGAAAGAAAGAAGCCGUACCAGCAGGCGCUUUCGCUAGCUCGGUGCGGUUGUCUUGACUAUGAAGGUCGCAGCGGGUACGAAAAGUCCGGAUGGGUUCUGAUCAGGGAUCCUGCGGUGCAGAUGAUGGCUACUGAUUGGGCGAGGUGGUGAAGGGGGCGGGAGCAGUUUUGACUCAAGGUGUGUGUGUGUUGAGAGUUGCAUCAAUAUCAUCUACAGUGGUAUGAAAAAGUAUCUGAACCUUUUGGAAUGUCUCACAUUUCUGCAUAAAAUCACCAUUAAAUGUGAUCUGAUCAUUCUCAAAACCACACAGAUGAAAAAAAAGUGUCUGCUUUAACUCAAACCACCCAAACAUUUAUAAGUUUUCAUAUUUUAAUGAGGAUAGUAUGCAAACAAUGACAGAAGGGGGGAACAUAAGUAAGUGAACCAUCACAUUUAACUCAUUCACUCCCAGCCAUUUUCACCAGUGCAACCCCCUUCGCUCCCAGCCGUUUUACUGGAUUUUGACUGAUUUUGCAAGGCCCACAGAAAAUUCUGUUCUAUCACCAAAAGAUUAGACUCUCUUCUUUCAGCAGGGAAAAACAGUUAGUUCAUAUUGGUGAUAAACUCAUUUCAAUUCACAGCCCAAUGUUUCCCACCUCCACCGUCCAAUGACAAAGCUCCCUCCACAGUCCGCCCGGCGACACAUUUAGUUUGAUGAUGUUUUUGUUGUAGCGAGAGCGUUGCAAUACAUCCGCUGUUUGCCUUCUUUUAUGCUAGCUUAGCUUAGUUUUGGAUGUUUUUUUGACAUUCCCAUGUCUUCCUGUUGUAUUUUAUUGUGUCCAAUCAAAUCACCUUUUGUCAAAGUGUCUUGCGCUAAUCCCGGCGUCUUACACACGCGUGCCUUCUGAGUUUUUGAUCUUAUUCUGUGUGUUUUCAGAGCAUUUUGUAAAAAAAAUCAUUAGCAUGUGGGAGUUCCGGUAUGAUGCGUUCAUAGACUGGCUGGGCAUUUGCAACUCUCCCUAAAUUGAAAAAGUGAAAAUAUGUAAUGGAUACUCCAAAGUGGAUCACAAUUUUUGAAAAUAUACAUAUAAAAUUCCUGGGUCAAAAAUAUGUAAAAUUACUUUGAAAGUGUAAAACUGACAAGUUAAAGGGAAAAAUAGUUGGUAGCAAAGUAAAAUAUACAGUAAAGAAUAAUAUAUAAUGAUAAAAUCAUAAUAAAUUUAAUUAUAAAUAAAUAGUAAGUAAGCAAGCAAAAAAUAAAUUCCAAAAAUGUCAAAAAUUGCAAUUUUAGCAUUAUGAAAAAGUGCAGAAAAUUAAGUCAUACAAUGAAAUUAUAACAAAGUAACACAUUUGUAACUACAUAAUAAUAAUAAGAUUGAAGUAAAUUUAACAUUUUAAAUCAGUCAACAAAGGUGGAAUACAUUUUUAAAAUGUAAAAAAAAAAAAAAAAAAAAAAACGAUUUUAAUGUUUUAAAAUAUAAGUGCAAAAAAAUCAUGAUAUAAAAUAAAAUAAUUUAAAAAUAAACUAGGCUAAAUAACAAUAAGAUUAAAGUAAAGUGAAAAAUAAAGAUAAACAAUAAAUCUAAAAAAAUAAACUUAUAUAAAUAAUAAUAACAUUAAAAUUGACAAAAACUUGAGUGAAAAGUAAACUAAAAAAAAUUGACAAACAUGUGAAAGUGCAAAAAAAUAAACAUAGACAAUAAAAAUACAAUUAUCUUUAAUAGUAGGUUUAAAAAAUGAAAAGUUUAGAAAAGAUUAAAGUAAAAAAAAAAAAUCUAAAGUGAAAAAUAAACUUCAAAUUGUAUAAUCAUAUAUUUUUUAAUCAUUUUGAUUUAAAAAGCAAUAUACACAACUAUAGAUAAAUACACUUAAUAAUAACUAAAUGAUUUGAGUAUGAAAUGAUAUGGGUAAAUGACCAAAUAUAAAAAUGUUAAAAAAUAUACAGAAUAUUAUAAUCAGACUAAAAUAAAGUAAAACUACUUGCACCUCUCAAAACAGACGUGCGACAAAGAAAAAAUAGCAUACUCAGAAUAGUAUAACACAGAUUUAUUUAUUUUUUAUUUUUUUGGGGGGGGAGGGGGCGUUGAAUUUUUGUUCGAAGGCAAAAUUGUUCCACUUUGGGGAGGCGUCCCAAACCAAUUUUUACAGGAGUUGAGCACUUUUCUUGAAAUGUCCCGAGUUCCUUUGAACGCACCAUCCGACUAACGCUAGCAAACGUUUGUGAGCGUUUGCUAGCGUUUCUUCGGCGCUUCUGGAAACUUCCUCGGCGAGGGUUUAGUCAUAUUUUUUUCUGAACAAGUACUGUUUGUUUAUCGGACAAAAUUCCCAAAGGCACAAUUUCAAGAGACAUUCCAGUGUGUUGAUUUUUUUCAGUCAAAGUGUACUCAUGUAAAGUUUGCAUCGAUGUUGUCACCAUAAAAAAAAAAGUUGUUGUUGUUGUCGGUUUGAAUCAUUUCAAUUUGGUAUAUUGUGAAAAUAAAUGCCUUUUAUACAAACGUGUGUGCUUCUUCACUAUUAUUAUGCAUCGUAUUUUUUUGCUUUAAAGCUUAUGCUCAACAUUUGUUCUUUAUCACGCAAAGUCAGGGAAGGGAAAAAAACAAAACAAAACAAAAAAAAACAGUAUGAUUAGAUCAUCUUAAAACUAUGUCUAUUUUUUUUGUUUGUAUUUAAAUAUUAAAAAACCUACAGCACCUGGUGUGCCCGAGAGCCAUGUAACCUUGUCAUCAGAGCUGUAUAAAGAGAGUCGCGACACUCUUUGAUGUCGCCACAGGUGGUCACGUGGUUCCUGUAGGGCGUUACUUCUCAAAUAGUGGGGCGCGGAACGAUGCUGGGGGUGGCGCAUGUGAGUUGGGGAACAUAAUUUUUCGCCAUACUAGAAUAAAGUGUAAUUGCACAUCCACUGAGUGGGUGGCAGUGGCGCUCUCAUUUUCAGCAUAAACGCAGUAUUUUUGAACCAAACGAGCACACAGCAAAGAGCAUUGGAGAUAUGAAAAGCUAAGACGAAGAAAUAUGAUGAAGCGUAUGUAGCAUUUGGCUUUUGGCUUUGACUUUUAGUACAGUGAGAGACGAGGAAAGACCAGUCUGUUUACUUUGUCUAAAGAUGUUUGCAGCGGACAGCAGGAAUUCUUUUUUUUUUUUCAGCGAAAACUUGCCAAAUAUAUAUCGUAAUAAAUCGUCCCGCUUUGUCAGUGUUACGUCAGUAAACCAGCGAGCACUGUCAGCAUCACAUAAGGAGGCAUACCAAUUUGCUCAAUGCAAAAUAACCAAACACCAUAGCAAAGGAGCUGAUACUGCCCGCACUGUUGUUUUUGUUCUAUUAUUUUUGGGGUUUUUUUUCAGUCUAAUAGUUUGGCAUAUUGUCCUCUUAAGUUAAUGUUGCUAAUCAAUUUGAAUUUAUGAUUAUUUAUUAGGGGUGUAACGGUACACAAAAAUCUCGGUUCGGUACGUACCUCGGUUUUGAGGUCACGGUUCGGUUCAUUUUCGGUACAGUGGUACAGUAAGAAAACAAAAUGCAAAAUAUAAAUGUGCUAGUUGUUUAUUACCAGUGUUGUUAAUAACGGCGUUACAAUAUAACGGCUUUACUAACGGCGUUAUUUUUUUCAGUAGUGAGUAAUCUAAUUAAUUACUUUUCUCAUCUUGGCAACGCCGUUACCGUUACUCAGGCGGGAAAGGCGUGCAUUACUAUGCGUUACUAAGUUGGUUGAAUAAAAAAAGUCAGAGAGAUGGACUCACGGAGACGAGAGAGCAGAGCAGGAGUGGGGAAGACGCCGUUGCAAACGCGAUGCUAGGUGGCUCCAAUAAUACCUGACUGUAGCCUACAAACUACGCCCACAUGAUACGGUAGAUAUCACAUAUUAUAGAACUAGAUGCAAAUGAUAGGCACGGCUGCAUUGGCAACAUGUUUUAAGGACUACAUGCGUGAGUAAACAGCCGCCAUCUUAAAGCAGUAGACCUCUCAGGAAGGCUCUGUUGUAGAGAUCCUUCCUUGCGAACCUAAUUUUGUAUUUUUUUUUUUAUCUCAAAUGGUCCUUAAUCGGCAAAAUCUUGACUUAAAUCUAUCUUUAAAUGAUGAAACAGUUUUAAAACUUACACAUGUUGAAAGUAGACAGAAGGGAACUAAUGCAAUAGCGGGAGCAAUUUUAACAACUUUAACGGUUGAUUCACAACUUUAAAUGACUUCCACACAUAGCAAAGGUUACUAUCUAGUUAUCGCAAUACCCUUGUGUCUAGUUAAG